CAGCUUGAAUUUUCACUUUAACUUCUCUCUCAUAUGAAAAGUGAGCUCAAGCAUUCUAUUCUAAACAAUUUCUGUUAUAUAAGAAUAUAAGGGGGCUAUUACAAGUAAUCAACGGCCGGACGUUGAAAAGGCUAAUUGUGGCCAGUACAGCCCUGAAAUCGGAGUUCUUAAGAGCUACAACACCAUGAAUCUUCCAUAUCAAUGUCUAUACCAACUUGGACAAACCUCCGUCCUCUGCGCUGCUAAAGGGACCAGAAUUCACACAUUCGACCUUAGCUCGGGGGGCUCAUUUCUGUCCUCAUGGACUCAUCCCCUAUCGAAUAAGGCCGAAAAGGAUGAACCUCUCAAAAAUGAAGAAAUAACUACUCAGGAAGGACAAGAUCCCGCUGAGCAAGAGAGUGGUCAGCGUCCAUCAAAGAAGCGCAAGCUCAGUUCGGAUGAAAAGUCCGAUGUUCAGGGGGGAAAUGGACAAGCUGACGCUGGCACAGCAGAACCAGCGGCAAGCGGUGACGGAAAGAAGCAAAAGAAGCAAAAGCAAAAGUCCGAGUCCCGAGCUCAACAGCCAGAAUUGCCAUUCGUAGCUCUGCUGACGGCAACCGAAGAUGGAAGUCAUGUAGUCGCCGUGACUGGUCAGGACAAGGCCAUAUGGGUGUUCGAGCAUGAUGGAAAGGGCACUUUGAAGGAAUUAAGUCAGAGAGUCAUGCCGAAGCGCCCCAGUUCCAUCGCCAUAACCACCACCGCAGACGGACUCACCAUCCUCUCCGCAGAUAAAUUCGGAGACGUCUACUCACUCCCCUUAAUUCCCACUUCCACCCCCAUCACCGCCACCACAGAAACAUCCAACCCCCCAACCCCCGCCUCAACCACCACUCCUCCCCCAUCAACCCCCUUCAAACCCUCCGCAAACCGCCUAACAGUGCACUCCAAGCGCAACCUCCGCGCCCUCGAAGACCAAGAGCGGAUCCUCGCGCAAGGCCAAGAAAUCCGGAAAGAGAAAGACACUCCCGCCUUCACGCACGACCUAAUCCUCGGGCACGUAUCCAUGCUCACCUCGCUCGCAACCGCGUCCUCAGACGGACGGUCAUACAUCCUAACCGCGGACCGCGACGAACACAUCCGCGUCUCGCGCGGGGUGCCGCAGGCCCACGUAAUCGAGACCUACUGUCUCGGCCACGAGUCCUUCGUCGCCGCGCUCGACGUGCCGGCUCUUCGACCCGAAGUCCUCGUUUCCGCGGGCGGCGACGACGAGGUUUUCGUGUGGGAGUGGAAGGCUGGGAAGCUUCUCUGCAAGGCUGAUGUUUUGGCGCGGGUGAGGGAGGUUGUGCCCGCUGCGAACAAGGUCGCUGUGGCGCGGUUGUGCUCGUAUGAUGUGCGUGGCCGGUGCUACGUGUUGGUGAUUUGCGAGCUUGUACCAGCGAUCUUCGUCUUCGAGCUUCUGCAAGAUAACACGCUCGAACACGUGCAGACUCUGAAUGUACCCGGCAGUCCGCUCGAUGUUAUUAUGGCUCCCAGCUCAGAGGGAAACCCGAGAUUAAUCGUUUCGAUUGAUCCUCACCAAUCUACCGACAGCAAUGACGAGGUACAGGGAAAUUCAGGUAUCACAAAAACAGCACAAUCACUCUUGCUAUACGAACCCGACGACGCAGGUACCUGGGUUUCUUCCGGGAGUAUCCAGGAAACAGCCGAUGGGAACCUAGAUAUUUCACGAGACCAGCUAGAAAAUAUCCUCUACCCAGUCGAAAAGUUGCGCAAGACCGAAUUUGAGGAGGAGGCAGAAGCAGAGGGAGGGGAUUCUGCAAGGGGCUCGGUUGCUCCUUAGGUAAUCUUGCUAAUGCGAAUAUUACUCGUCUGAUUAUUCGACAUCAACGUAGUGCAUUCUAGAUCUAUCUCUGCAAAGUAAACUAAUCCGAGCAGGCAAUCAUAAAUACGUUGGUUCACAGUUCAGAGAGGGAACAAGUCACCCUUCAAAUGUACAUAGGUAACACACUAUUAAGGAUCACAAAUAACUAGACGUCAACAAAAUUAGGAUGAACUGUUA